AUGCACACAAACUUACCAAUGCAAAUCAGAGCCAACCAGGCCCCAAAAAGCGAAAAUGCUAUUGACAGACGAUAUGAAUAUCAUCACAAGUAUUACGAACAUGAAGUGAAGUGUCAUGAAAGAGUUGUUUCAGAAUAUUCGAGAGAAAUUCUUGCCAGUAUGAGAGACUCUAUAGAUUACUCGGCAUUCAGUCUUACAAGGUAUAAGAACCAGCCAUUUCUCAACUCUUCAACCAGGAGUAACUUGGUCGGUUACCUUUUGAUGGUGCUGAACAAAUUGAAACUUCCCACAUUCAUCUUUUACAAGGCUGUGCAUUACUUUGACAGAUACUGCCUGAAAAUCAUAGUACUGCCAGAUGAAGCACAGCUCUCCAUAGUCGCAUGCUUGACCAUAGCGGCUAAAAUUAGUGGUUGCAAUAAUUGUUUCAUUUUCUUGGGCUCUGAGAAAAGCGGUAAAAAAAACAUCUCCACCAUGAAGAUGGGUACAAGGGCCAGAAACCAAGCUUAUGGGCUCACAAAACGUUACCGUUUGCCCAAACUAAAUGCUUUAAUUAAUAUUUGCGGGUUUCUGUUCAGUUGUACCAAUGAAAUGUUUAGAGAAAUGGAACUCCACGUCAUGUGUGUAUUGGAAUGGAGGUUGCAUGAGCCAUCGGUUGAGGAUUUCAUGGUCUAUUCUCAAGAAUUCAGAAUCCCUCAUAAUGAUGAUUUCGAUAUGAAAACCGAGAUUUUCAAAAUAAAACAAUUCAUAGCAUACUCUUCGUGUUUUCUUUUUGAGUUAGUGGGUUACAACCUGCUAAACAUGGCAAAAGCAAUCAUUGACUUGGUCAACAAUACUUACUGCUUGACGGAAGGUAGUACACUUUAUCAAACUAUGAACAAAUCUUUGCUUGGUGACAAAUAUGUGGGUUACCCUAUUAAUUACAGAGAAAUCUACAAGAAUCUAAUGCGCAGUGUUACCCGUGCUCCACCAUAUCUCAUGCAAUAUUUUCUGUCUCAUGGGCCCAAACUGUUUCAUUCGAUUGUCUCCAAGCAGGCAUUAGCACUCGAUUCCGAGGUAGCAUAUCUCUUAAUGUUACCCCAAUCCGCAGAAUCAUCUUCUUCCAGCUCAUAUGAUACCACUGAGCCUCUAACACCAAGUUGA